CGAGGGAUUAGCGCGAGAACGGCUGUACAAUGCUCCGUGCAUCCUCGGUCGCCUCUGCGCGAGUCGGACGAUCCUCGAGACUGCUGCUCCGACCAGCGCUCGCGCGGGGGCUGUGCGCCAAAGAAUCAACAUACGUUCAAAAGUGCACCAGGGAUACUAACCCUCACGAAUGGGCCGUCUUCAGCAAGAUGGACAUCAACCAUGACGGCACCAUCACCAUGGCGGAGAUCAAAGACAUGUGCCGCAAGCACGACAUCGACAUCAUGGCCGACGUCAUUUGCAAGUACCUGGACGAUGACGGCUCGGGGAAAAUCAACUUUGAUGAAUUCUGCGCGCACUACGACAUGAUCCAGAUGGCGCGCAAGUCCGCGCGCCUCAAGCAGUGGCACCGCACGUACGGGCUGGGCGUCGCCGGCAACGUGGCCGGUCACAUGGAGCAGGCGGGCGAGGCGGACAAAAAGGAGGAGGGCGUGGACGACAAGACCACGCCUCCGGAGGGGCAGAAGACGCCGGCGGCGAUCUUCACGUUCUACGCGCCGCACCCUCACAGCGUGGACGAGAGCGCCGACGAGGUGCUCCACCGGCUUGAGGCGUUCCCUGUGGCGACAGCUGUCAUCGAGUACCCAAAGGCGGGAGGGCACGUUCAGGUUGAGCCUGAGAUGGGGAUGUAUGCAGACAUUGUCUACAGCGCGGACGGCUCGAAGGUGGAGCGGCUCGUGCCGAGGAAGGUUGCUGCCUUCAAUGACUGCUCCAUCCGCAAGCUUGACGGUGCGGACAAGCUGAGCAUGAAGAAGAACUGGGGCAGCUCAUCCAAGGGUAUCUCGAUCCGCAGCUUCCCAAUCACCAGCCUCGACCCGGGCACGCUCGUCGACCAGCUCGUCCUCACCUCCUACAUCAAGUCGGGGCCGAACCACGUUAACGACGCCAUCACGACGCCGAAGGGGGCGAUUGUGAAGUACAGCGAGGACGCGCCUGCGCGCAACUACAUGCUUUUCGGCCCGGCUUUGCUUGACUGGAUCGUUGACCGCAUCAACUUCCAGGAGGACACAGAUAAAUGGGAGCCCGUCUUCCCGGUUAUGAAGAAGAGCGAGUACCCCACGAGCAUCUGGGUCGCGCUCGGCGCUGGCGAGUACACUGAGUGGGGGCAGAAGAACUUCCUCCAGCCAGGCGACGAGUCGCUCGUGAUCAUCUACGACGAGAAGAAGUACCCGAACGGGCCGUCCGAGCUGGAGGUGGCGGCGCUGAUGGACGAGUACCCGGCGCCGGAUGGUAUCAUCGCUGUGCACCAGACCUUCGUCUAAAACUCAAGGAGAGGGCCGGGCCGCGGUACCUGCGCGGACAGAGAAUAGCACGUACACAUUGGCUCGUCGGUCCCACAUUGCCCCACACAAGCUACAUAUGUGAUAGGUAAGGUAACGUAAACUUCUCGACACACAUGUGAUGUC